ACCUGCGUUCCCCUGACAGUCAGUUCCGGUUCCGCUGAGUCCAUGACGCCGCCAUUUUAGCGCAGAGCGGAGUGAAGGUUGUGGAAGCGGGAGGACCCUGGAGGAAAAAUGAGUGCUCCAACAGCAGAUGAGAGGAAAGCCUGUUGGGGAGCGAGGGAUAGGUACUGGCAGUGUCUGGAUGAGAGUGAUAAGGAUUCUUCAGAAUGUCAGAAGUUAAGAACAAUAUUCGAAGGCAGCUGCCCACAGCAAUGGAUCAAGUACUUUGACAAAAGAAGGGACUAUUUAAAAUACAAAGAGAAACUGCAAAGUGGAGGAUUUCAGCAACAGGAGAAUGUCACCAAACCAUAACCAUCCGCAGAAUAGGAGAGCAGGGACAGGUCAGGUUUCGGAGACAAACGUCCCACUGUGAAGGACUCUCGAUGGAGGCUGAAAUCAUCAAUCCUGAGAUUGCUGGCGGUUCCUGAGGAGAUUUAUGGUUGAGAGAUCAGCUAAAAUUAACAGUCACACCUGGUUCCACCUGAUUUCGGAGAGGAGCAGUUGCAGCAAUGUGCACAACCACUACUCAGGGCUUAAGGUUUCCUCUCUUUUGAGUUUGUAAUGGAAUCACAAAUAUACUUUAAAUUAACGUAUUGACUGUUUCACUACAAAUGGUAAGUGGAAGAUAUCUUGGCUCAUUUGCACUGUUUCUUGGUGAAACGACACAGUGACUAUUAGAAUACUGUCGCAUUGUGUCAUUAUCAGUGAUUGCCAGUCUGUUUAGCAUUUUGGUCGCAGUGUACUUAGGAAAGAUUGCACUGAGGAAAUGGUAUCUCACCCAGUUAAAUGACCACUUCAAAUUUUGUCGUCUGACCACUUCAAAUUUUGUCGUCUGCCCGUGAUUGAGCUGUGACCAGCCAGUUAUUAACUUACUUCAAAACGCAUUGUCCAGAUAUGAGCCAGGUUUGGAAGGGCACAGAACUAUGUGGGUUGCUAGCCAUGGUAUGCUGAGCAUAUUGAGAAAAAUGAGCUUGAGGUGGUGCUGUUGUCCCUGAUUACGCUUCAAUGGAAAAUCAAAGAGAUCACUUAAUAAAUUAUUUUUAACAAUCACACUCUACACUUUUAAAAUUAAAUUUGUUUUGCAAAACAGAAUUUUCUAUCAAAGAAAUAGCAUGAUAUGAGAAAAUUGACUGGUUCCAGGGUCUUCGCUCCAAACCUGAAUGCAGCAUAGGGAUAAUGCUUCCCUCUGCUGGUGUAUCAAUAUAACACAACUGGAUUCCCAUCAAAUGGGAAUUAGUCCCUACUCAUGAUUAAACUGUUAAAAUGUAUGUUAUUGAAAUUUAAAAAAAAGGUUUAUCCCUUAACACAUGCUCAUUAAUGCAAUAGGAAACCAAUUUUUAAAACUUUUUGAGUAAUGUUAACUUCACAAUUUGUGUCUUUAAAUAAUGUGUCUUCAUUUAAUGUAUAUAUGUGGUGGAAAAUAUUGAGCUAGCACACCAGUUUGGAGAAAUAUUUAAAUGAUAAAGUUAAACAUAUGAGGGAAGUCAAUUAAGCAUGUUUUUGGUCUUUCAGGAGCAAGUGUCAGUCAGCACUUUUAAAUGUUGUGAGAUAUUUUUAAACAGCUCCUCUCACUGCUGUCACCAGUGACAGACUUACAAGUACAAACUCACUGUGGAAGGAUAGAAUCUGUUGGAUUUCUUUUUUCACAGCCCAAGUGGGUGUAGUGCAAAAAAUGUUUACGUACACUCUUAUGGCUUACCAAAAUCCUGCUGGCAAUAUGAAUUGUUCUAUAGUGACCCCAAAAAAAGUUACUGCUUUGAAACUGCCUCCCCCUGUAAACAUCAUGUGGAAGAUAUGAUAACCUUUUGUUCAGUUCCAGUUUCUGAUGAAGGUGUUCUUAAAGAACAUGUUUACCAUUUCACUAAAGAUAGCAACUAGAGCAAGUUUUCGCUAUAUGUCACAGAUGCAACACGACCAGAGGGAUGCUGCCAAUCUCCUCCCCACCUCACUCUGGGAAUAGCUGCAAUUGAGUGCUUUCUCUGUGAUUUUCUGCGUUGCUUUCAUUUCUGUUUCUAAUUCAUGACUUUAAUUAACGUAUUGGCAAUGUCACCCCCAUCAUGCCCCAAUUAAUAGUUGUUGAAUAAUGAAACUUGAAGUAAUUAAUUCACUGGACCUCUUUAAAAAGAUCAAGACCACUAAAUAUGGUCUGUUCCCAUUUGAUCCUUGGUGUGUAUUCAUGGAAAAUCAUAACUUGUAUCUUCCUUCCUAUGAUCAUGGUGGAGGUAUUUUGCGAAAUAAAUUCUAUGCCUUGUUCUCUA